AUGCCUCGAACGCGACCGCAAUUACGAUACAGAGCCCCCGUUGUUGCGUUGCGUUGCGUUGCGGGGGGGAAGGGGGGGAAGGGGGGCGGACAGAGCAGAGGCCAGAUGGGGUGCACGGAAUGGAAUGCCCAGCACUCAGCUCCAGCGUAUGGCAUGGCAUCGCUUAUCGGAGAACCCGACCGCGAACUUGCGACUCCUCCGACUGGAGAGAGGGAGAGAGGGAGAGAGAAGAGAGGAGAGAGACAGCAGCAACAGACCUUGCCCGUUCCCGGCUUCAGCCUCCGCGCGUCGUGGUCUGACUGGGUAGGCCAGCUGGUGUUCCCACCUCCUCUCCUCCGUGGCUCCGUCGCUGCGUCUGCUGCGGCAAAUCUGUCCGUUGCAGGAGGGAAGCACGGAAGCACUGUAUUCGGGGCCUCUUUUAUUCGGUUUCAGGCGCUUGUCUACCUGCUACAGACCUGCCUUCCCUACGAUCCAGACUCCAGUGCGACUCCCAGCGACUACGUGCUCGCUCCAGCCUCCAGCCGCCAGCGCUCGUUUCUCACCGUUGCCGGUCCGGCCUGCGCCGCGCAUUCCAGCUGCGCCUCUUUGUCCUACGCCAUCGCAUCGCAUCGCAUAUCACCUUCUCGUCUCGUCUCCUAUUAUUGCGCGUCGUGCGAUCUGGUUGCUGUCUGGCGCUGGCUGCUGUCUGCUACUGCGCACGUGUUGGCUGUCGCUCUUCCGGCGUUCGUAGUACCGGUCAGCUCGCACGCCUACUGGCACCACCAACGGAACGAUCAGCAUGAACUUGAACCUAUUGCUCUCGUCCCCGUCCUCCCCCAAAACCAACCAGACGAGAUCGGGGAUCGAUGUUCGAGAAUGGACCCAAUGAGCAUGGCAUCGCAUGGCAUGGCCUGGCCGGGCUGGCCCAUCGCGGGACCCUAA